UGGCAGUAGUAGAAAUAGCAGGAGGAGGAGCAAGCGCCGGCGAGGAUCUCCUUUCUUCCGAUCUCUCCAAGCGCGCGCUGGGACGCAGGAUGCUGCCGCGGCUGGGACUGAUCCUGGCGCUUCUCUGCCGGGCUCCGCUGAUCGGGGGCUCCUGGGCGGAUCCCGGACAAAGCGAAGCGGCCGUGCUGAGCAUUCAGCUGCCCGAGCAGCCGGCCAGGGAGGUCAGCCCGUUUUUCCUGUCUCUCACCAUCGAUGCCAACCUAGCCACGGAUCCCAGAUUCAUCACCUUCCUGGGCUCUACGAAACUGCGCACAUUGGCGAGAGGUUUGUCUCCUGGCUUCGUGAGAUUUGGCGGCACCAAGACAGACUUCUUGAUCUUUGAUCCUGAAGAGAAACCAACGGCAGAGGAAGAGGUUUGCCAGAAUUUGCUGGCUAAACAAGAUGCUGCAGAUGUCUGUGGAUUCAGAUCCAUGCCUAUGGACGUCAUAGAGCAACUGCAGUCUCAGUGGCCUUUCCAGGAAAUGGUCAUCCUCUGGGAGGAAUCCAGGAAGAGGCCCCGGAACACAACCAUUACGCGAAGUACAGUGGAUAUUCUGUACGACUUUGCACGCUGUGCCAAUCUGCACCUGAUCUUUGGACUCAACGCUUUGCUGAGGAGAGGCAACCAGUGGGACAGCUCAAACGCCCAGCUGAUUUUGAAUUACACUGAAUCCCAGAAUUACGACAUGGAUUGGGAACUUGGGAAUGAGCCCAACAGCUUCAGGAAGAAGUCUGGCAUUUAUAUCGAUGGCUCCCAGCUAGGACAGGACUUCAUACAACUACGUCAGCUGUUGGACAGCUACAGCAGCUACAGAAAUGCCAAGCUCUAUGGGCCUGAUGUAGGUCAACCUCGGAAGCACACUCAGAAGUUGCUAAGGAGCUUCCUGAAAUCAGGAGGAAAAGUAAUUGAUUCUGUCACAUGGCAUCACUAUUAUCUGAAUGGCCGAACUGCUACCAGAGAGGAUUUCCUGAGUCCUGAUGUGCUGGACACUUUCAUCACAGCCGUACAAGAAGAACUCCAGCUUGUUGAUGACACUGUCCCAGGCAAGAAAGUUUGGCUGGGAGAAACUAGUUCAGCCUACGGAGGGGGUGCUCCUCAGCUGUCCAAUACGUAUCUUGCUGGUUUUAUGUGGCUGGACAAACUUGGUCUGUCUGCCAAACUGGGCAUUGACGUGGUGAUGAGACAGGUUUUGUUUGGAGCGGGAAGCUAUCAUCUGGUGAACGCCAGCUUUGAACCUUUACCAGAUUAUUGGCUUUCUCUGGUAUACAAGAAACUAGUGGGCGCCAAAGUCCUGCAAGUCAACCUGUCAGGCGAAGACCCAAGGAGGCUUCGAGUGUAUCUUCACUGUACAAAUGAGCACCACCCGAAGUACAGAGAAGGGGAUAUCACCUUAUUUGCCUUGAACCUCUAUAACAGCACAAAACACUUGCAGUUACCUUCUUCCUUCUCCAGCAGGCAAAUAGAUGAAUAUCUUUUACUGCCUCAUGGAGAAGACAGCAUACUUUCCAAAUCCGUGCAGCUGAAUGGUCAUGUCUUAAAAAUGUUGGAUGAUGAAAUAUUGCCCACUCUCAGGGAAAAACCUCUCAGUCCAGGAAGCCGCCUUGCACUUCCAGCUUUUUCAUAUGGAUUCUAUGUAAUAAGGAACGCCAAGGUGCGGGCUUGCAUUUAGCAACUUAUGUCACGUUCCCAAUAUCGAGUUGGUGGCCAACGUGGUGUCAAGACAUUCGGCUGCUCCAGAUAUUUUGGUGGCAGAAACAAAGCAAGUCAAGAGUGAAGGGGAAUAGCCCUCCAUCCUGGCCCCCGUUUUUAUUUCAACUUUCCACCUGUACCUAAGAACCUAAGAACUUUGUUUCAGCCACUGUUUCCCCAAGAAGGAAAGCUCUGCUUAAGGAGGGAUUCCAGUUAGAGAUGCAAAGAGGAUGGAUGUCAGACAGCAAAUCACGAAAUUAGUGGCGUAGGUUCUCAGCGACGUCUACACUGGCUUGGUCAUGUACACAGAAUGGAAGAUGGCAGGAUAGUGCUGCACAGGGAGCUGGCUUCAGGCACUAGGUCUGUUGGCAGCCCAACUCUGUGUCACAAAGAUGUCUGUCUGCAAACAUGGCACGAAGGCUGGCAACAUCAACCCCACCGUGUGGGAAUACUUUGCAGGCAAUCACAGUGCCUGGAGACAGACAGUCGGGUUGUGCAUCCAUAGCAGUGGUCAGAGAAGGAAUGACCUCUGGGAGGCGUGUAGAGAGACACCAUGGUGCAAAACAACCGGAUUCCUUCAUCUGCUCCACCUGCAAUAAAAGACCAUAUCGGUCUUCACAACCCCACCAAGCGCUGUAACUCUCCAACAGUUUGACUUUCUUCCCGAAGGCGAGACUCUUCCAUUGUCUCCCGAGGCAGGCGGAUGCCAACAACAACCCUUUGAGCAUCUGAGGAUAAACAGGCAAAUGGACCAGUUGAGUGACAUCAGGGGAAAGCAAUCUUGAGGAUAACAGAAGAAUAAGCAAAAUAAAAAAAAUCCUUCCAGUAGCACCUUAGAGACCAACUAAGUUUUUUAUUGGUAUGAGCUUUCGUGUGCACGCACACUUCUUCAGAUACACUGAAACAGAAGUUACCAGAAGGAUAAGCAAGCAGGUUAUAGGCACAGCCAAGGAGAAGCAGAAUAUAAGAGCUGUUGGCCAGCCUGCCUGGAAAUUUUUACGGGGCUUCUGUUAGGCUAGCACCAAAAAGAGCAGACAAGCUCAAGCAUUCUCAGGGAUUCUUGUAUUCUAUGACAGGGUAGCGAUCAGGAGGGACUCCUCUUCGUGAUUUCUUAUAAAUCAGUUGUAGCACUUUUGCAGAUGUGUCUGGCACAUUUGCAUGCUGCCCACCAGCAAACUAGACCUCAUCCAUGCCAGUCCCUUAGCUGACAUCUGCUGAGUCAAACAUACUAGCAGGAUCAGCGUGGGAGAAACAGCAACCAUCGUAGCCACAAAUCCCAUUGACAGCAGGUUCCCUUUACACAGUACUUCAUGGGUAUUUCUGGCUUCGAAGCUACUGUUGCUAUCCUUCCUAGCUGUUUUAUGGAAGGUACCCGGUUUCCUUUCCCCCCCAAUAUGCACAGAGUAAAACCAUUUCCCCCCUUCAUUAUAGACAUGCGACCUACAACAAAAUGUUUACAGUGUGACACAUUCCUGCUUGGGUUGCAGACAUUCUGUUCCCAGUUCCUAACUUUUCAUUUCUUCCUUGCCCCUCCAGCCCUCCAACACACACACACACACACACACACAACAUUUCAUGCCCUUUGAGCAUGCUCAGUUGUCCCUGGGCAUUUUGGAGGGACUGAAAAAUUAUUUUUGUACUUCUGCAAAUGUUGGCAUUCCUCCAGAUCUGCAGGUAACUCCCUUUUGUGUGAGGGUAGGGUCAUUCUGACCUGGGAUAGCCAGGGAUAGUCAACAGGGUGCCCUCCAGAUACAGCAGACUGCAGCUCCCAUUGGCCCUAGCCAGCAUGGCCAAUAGGCAAGAAUCAUGGGAGCUCUGGUUCCAUCCCUGACAAGCAAUUGCAAUCAAGAGAAUUGAGAUGGCUAUUAGGCAACAAAGGCAAAAGAGUUGUAGCUCAGGAUUAAGAGCCCAUGCUUUGCAUACAAACAGUCCCCAGUUCAUUCUCUGGCAUCCCCAGAUGGGGUUUCUGGAAACUCCUGUCUGAAGCUCUGUCUGUGGCCCUCCAGGUGUUGCUGGUCUCCAGGUUCCAUCACCCCUAAUCCUUGGUCACACACUGGCUGGGACUGAUGGGAGCUGGAGUCCACUGACAUCUAGAGGCCACACGUUGGCUUCAGUGAACCUGAUGGCACAAUGGUCAAACUCAGGAUAAUGUUUCUAGAUUUUGGCAUGCAGCUUGCCAAAAUGCAAUUCUAGGCAACUUUAUUGUAUUUCACUUUGAUGUGUGUUCAUGUGUUUUGGUACCUGCACGUUUUUGAAAUAAACUAAUUUAUAUUAACCGUU